AUGAGGGGGGAGAACGUGACCAAGGUCAGCGCGUUCAUCCUGGUGGGCUUCCCCACGGCCCCCCGGCUGCAGUACCUGCUCUUCCUCCUCUUCCUGCUCACCUACCUCUUCGUGCUGCUGGAGAACCUGGCCGUCAUCCUCACCGUCUGGGGCAGCUCCUCCCUGCACAGGCCCAUGUACUACUUUCUGGGCAUCAUGUCAUCCCUGGAGAUCUGGUACGUGUCUGACAUCAUCCCUAAGAUGCUGGACGUCUUCCUCCUGCAGCACAGGCGCAUCUCCUUCGUUGGCUGCAUGACUCAGCUCUACUUCUUCAGCUCCCUGGUGUGCACCGAGUGCGUGCUCCUGGCCUGCAUGGCCUACGACCGCUACGUGGCCAUCUGCCACCCCCUGCGCUACCAGGCCAUCAUGACCACGGGGCUGUGCGUCCAGCUGGUGGCCUUCUCCUUCGUCAGCGGCUUCACCGUCUCCGUGAUCAAGGUCCACUUUAUCUCCAGCGCCACAUUCUGUGGCUCCAAUGUCCUGAACCACUUCUUCUGUGACAUCUCCCCCAUCCUCAAACUGGCCUGCACGGACUUCUCGACUGCAGAGCUGGUCGACUUCAUCCUGGCCUUCAUCAUCAUGGUGUUCCCGCUCGUGGCCACGAUGCUGUCCUAUGGACACAUCACCCUGGCCGUCCUGCGCAUCCCCUCGGCCACGGGCCGCUGGCGAGCCUUCUCCACCUGCGCCUCCCACCUCACCGUGGUCACCAUCUUCUACAUGGCCAUGAUCUUCAUGUACGUCCGGCCCCAGGCCAUUGACUCCCGGAGCUCCAACAAGCUCAUCUCUGCUGUUUACACUGUCCUCACCCCAAUCAUCAACCCCUUGAUCUACUGUCUGAGGAACAAAGAAUUCAAGGACGGCUUUAAAAAAGUUCUGGACUUAGGUCAACUUUCACAGUAG